AUGACGAAGCUCUUCUCAGAAGCAGCUAAAAAUCAACCAUUGACAUCCAAUGACCCCAGUAAGCCCGCUAGACUUCCGACUUCCCCAAUACCAGCUGUGAAACCCAUAGUUAGUCUCCCACCCAAUCCUCAUGAGAAAACCAGAGGUAGCCCCGUAUCUGGUAAGGAUGUGUCCCCUAAAUCGAGAAAUGAGUCACCAAUGGGCAAGAAGAUACCAGAAAGACCCCAGCAGACAACACAUCCUACAAAAUCAGCAGCUAAAACUCAACCAUUGACAUCCAAUGACCCCAGUAAGCCCUCUAAACUUCCGACUUCCCCAAUACCAGCUGUGCCACCCAUAGUUUCUCUCCCACCCAUAGUUAUUCUCCCACCCAAUCCUCAUGAGAAAACCAGAGGUAGCCCCGUAUCUGGUAAGGAUGUGUCCCCUAAAUCCAGGAAUGAGUCACCACUGGGCAAGAAGACACGAGAAAGACCCCAGCAGACAACAUAUCCUACAAAAUCAGCAGCUAAAACUCAACCAUUGACAUCCAAUGACCCCAGUAAGCCCUCUAAACUUCCGACUUCCCCAAUACCAGCUGUGCCACCCAUAGUUGGUCUCCCACCCAAUCCUCAUGAGAAAACCAGAGGUAGCCCCGUAUCUGGUAAGGAUGUGUCCCCUAAAUCCAGGAAUGAGUCACCAAUGGGCAAGAAGACACGAGAAAGACCCCAGCAGACAACAUAUCCUACAAAAUCAGCAGCUAAAACUCAACCAUUGACAUCCAAUGACCCCAGUAAGCCCUCUAAACUUCCGACUUCCCCAAUACCAGCUGUGCCACCCAUAGUUAGUCUCCCACCCAAUCCUCAUGAGAAAACCAGAGGUAGCCCCGUAUCUGGUAAGGAUGUGUCCCCUAAAUCGAGAAAUGAGUCACCAAUGGGCAAGAAGACACCAGAAAGACCCCAGCAGACAACACAUCCUACAAAAUCAGCAGCUAAAACUCAACCAUUGACAUCCAAUGACCCCAGUAAGCCCUCUAAACUUCCGACUUCCCCAAUACCAGCUGUGCCACCCAUAGUUUCUCUCCCACCCAUAGUUAUUCUCCCACCCAAUCCUCAUGAGAAAACCAGAGGUAGCCCCGUAUUUGGUAAGGAUGUGUCCCCUAAAUCCAGGAAUGAGUCACCACUGGGCAAGAAGACACGAGAAAGACCCCAGCAGACAACAUAUCCUACAAAAUCAGCAGCUAAAACUCAACCAUUGACAUCCAAUGACCCCAGUAAGCCCUCUAAACUUCCGACUUCCCCAAUACCAGCUGUGCCACCCAUAGUUUCUCUCCCACCCAUAGUUAUUCUCCCACCCAAUCCUCAUGAGAAAACCAGAGGUAGCCCCGUAUUUGGUAAGGAUGUGUCCCCUAAAUCCAGGAAUGAGUCACCACUGGGCAAGAAGACACGAGAAAGACCCCAGCAGACAACAUAUCCUACAAAAUCAGCAGCUAAAACUCAACCAUUGACAUCCAAUGACCCCAGUAAGCCCUCUAAACUUCCGAAUUCCCCAAUACCAGCUGUGCCACCCAUAGUUAGUCUCCCACCCAAUCCUCAUGAGAAAACCAGAGGUAGCCCCGUAUCUGGUAAGGAUGUGUCCCCUAAAUCCAGGAAUGAGUCACCAAUGGGCAAGAAGACACGAGAAAGACCCCAGCAGACAACACAUCCUACAAAAUCAGCAGCUAAAACUCAACCAUUGACAUCCAAUGACCCCAGUAAGCCCUCUAAACUUCCGACUUCCCCAAUACCAGCUGUGCCACCCAUAGUUAGUCUCCCACCCAAUCCUCAUGAGAAAACCAGAGGUAGCCCCGUAUCUGGUAAGGAUGUGUCCCCUAAAUCCAGGAAUGAGUCACCAAUGGGCAAGAAGACACCAGAAAGACCCCAGCAGACAACACAUCCUACAAAAUCAGCAGAUAAAACUCAACCAUUGACAUCCAAUGACCCCAGUAAGCCCUCUAAACUUCUGACUUCCCCAAUACCAGCUGUGCCACCCAUAGUUUCUCUCCCACCCAUAGUUUCUCUCCCACCCAAUCCUCAUGAGAAAACCAGAGGUAGCCCCGUAUCUGGUAAGGAUGUGUCCCCUAAAUCCAGAAAUGAGUCACCAAUGGGCAAGAAGACACCAGAAACACCCCAGCAGACAACACAUCCUACAAAAUCAGCAGCUAAAACUCAACCAUUGACAUCCAAUGACCCCAGUAAGCCCUCUAAACUUCCGACUUCCCCAAUACCAGCUGUGCCACCCAUAGUUUCUCUCCCACCCAUAGUUAUUCUCCCACCCAAUCCUCAUGAGAAAACCAGAGGUAGCCCCGUAUCUGGUAAGGAUGUGUCCCCUAAAUCCAGGAAUGAGUCUCCAAUGGGCAAGAAGACACGAGAAAGACCCCAGCAGACAACAUAUCCUACAAAAUCAGCAGCUAAAACUCAACCAUUGACAUCCAAUGACCCCAGUAAGCCCUCUAAACUUCCGACUUCCCCAAUACCAGCUGUGCCACCCAUAGUUAGUCUCCCACCCAAUCCUCAUGAGAAAACCAGAGGUAGACCGGUAUCUGGUCAGGAUGUGUCCCCUAAAUCCAGGAAUGAGUCACCAAUGGGCAAGAAGACACCAGAAAGACCCCAGCAGACAACACAUCCUACAAAAUCAGCAGCUAAAACUCAACCAUUGACAUCCAAUGACCCCAGUAAGCCCUCUAAACUUCCGACUUCCCCAAUACCAGCUGUGCCACCCAUAGUUUCUCUCCCACCCAUAGUUAUUCUCCCACCCAAUCCUCAUGAGAAAACCAGAGGUAGCCCCGUAUCUGGUAAGGAUGUGUCCCCUAAAUCCAGGAAUGAGUCACCAAUGGGCAAGAAGACACGAGAAAGACCCCAGCAGACAACAUAUCCUACAAAAUCAGCAGCUAAAACUCAACCAUUGACAUCAAAUGACCCCAGUAAGCCCUCUAAACUUCCGACUUCCCCAAUACCAGCUGUGCCACCCAUAGUUAGUCUCCCACCCAAUCCUCAUGAGAAAACCAGAGGUAGACCGGUAUCUGGUCAGGAUGUGUCCCCUAAAUCCAGGAAUGAGUCACCAAUGGGCAAGAAGACACCAGAAAGACCCCAGCAGACAACACAUCCUACAAAAUCAGCAGCUAAAACUCAACCAUUGACAUCCAAUGACCCCAGUAAGCCCUCUAAACUUCCGACUUCCCCAAUACCAGCUGUGCCACCCAUAGUUUCUCUCCCACCCAAUCCUCAUGAGAAAACCAGAGGUAGCCCCGUAUCUGGUAAGGAUGUGUCCCCUAAAUCCAGGAAUGAGUCACCAAUGGGCAAGAAGACACCAGAAAGGCCCCAGCAGACAACACGUCCUAAAAAAUCAGCAGCUAAAAAUUUACCAUUGACAUCCAAUGACCUCAGUAAGCCCUCUAAACUUCCGACUUCCCCAAUACGAGCUGUGCCACCCAUAGUUUCUCUCCCACCCAAUCCUCAUGAGAAAACCAGAGGUAGCCCCGUAUCUGGUAAGGAUGUGUCCCCUAAAUCCAGGAAUGAGUCACCAAUGGGCAAGAAGACACCAGAAAGGCCCCAGCAGACAACACGUCCUAAAAAAUCAGCAGCUAAAAAUUUACCAUUGACAUCCAAUGACCUCAGUAAGCCCUCUAAACUUCCGACUUCCCCAAUACCAGCUGUGCCACCCAUAGUUUCUCUCCCACCCAAUCCUCAUGAGAAAACCAGAGGUAGCCCCGUAUCUGGUAAGGAUGUGUCCCCUAAAUCCAGGAAUGAGUCACCAAUGGGCAAGAAGACACCAGAAAGGCCCCAGCAGACAACACGUCCUAAAAAAUCAGCAGCUAAAAAUUUACCAUUGACAUCCAAUGACCUCAGUAAGCCCUCUAAACUUCCGACUUCCCCAAUACCAGCUGUGCCACCCAUAGUUUCUCUCCCACCCAAUCCUCAUGAGAAAACCAGAGGUAGUCCCGUAUCUGGUAAGGAUGUGUCCCCUAAAUCCAGGAAUGAGUCACCAAUGGGCAAGAAGACACCAGAAAGAUCCCAGCAGACAACACGUCCUAAAACAUCAGCAGCUAAAAAUCAACCAUUGACAUCCAAUGACCCCAGUAAGCCCUCUAAACUUCCGACUUCCCCAAUACCAGCUGUGCCACCCAUAGUUAGUCUCCCACCCAAUCCUCAUGAGAAAACCAGAGGUAGACUGGUAUCUGGUAAGGAUAUGUCCCCUAAAUCCAGGAAUGAGUCACCAAUGGGCAAGAAGACACCAGAAAGACCCCAGCAGACAACACGUCCUAAAAAAUCAGCACCUAAGGAUAAACCAUUGACAUCCAAUGACCCCAGUAAGCCCUCUAAACUUCCAACUUCCCCAAUACCAGCUGUACCACCCAUAGUUAUUCUCCCACAUAUUCCGCAGAAAACCAGAGGUAGCCCCGUAUCUGGUAAGGAUGUGUCCCCUAGAUCCAGGAAAAAGUCAACAAUGGGCAUGGGGAGGAUGCCAGAAAAGGAGAGAAGCAGUUCUUCAGAAAGCAUAGCACUGAGGCAGUUGAGACUGUCCAACUGCUGCUUCUGCCUGAUCUCGUCUACUUGCCAGGUAUUCUCCUACGCACUUGUCUACCUACUGGUGUGGAAUAGUUUACCCUUUUCUUGA